UUCAAUCACUUUUCAAUAAUUACAUAGGUACACUUUAUUUACAAUAUUAUCUAUUUGUAAAAACCAUUUAAGAUCGCAUAUACUUAUAUCCGCCUUUUGGCAAAGAUCAAAGUGUUAAACAAACAUCAUAAAAUAAACACAAUAUGAGUGUUUGCGCUGCAACCUGCAAAAAACUAAAUCGGCCACCGCCACGCUUGUUCCCGCGGAAAAAACAGAAAAGAUGCAUUUGCGACCCAAUAGCGCAAGUAAAGAAAAUAACUGGACAACCCGAACCAUUGCCAGUCACUGAAAUAAACCAAAUACGACUGUCCUUGUUUACCGAACGCAACUCAGAUGGCACUAGGUACUUGGUCUUAAGAGGACGAGACCUAGAAGCCAAAUACCACCAGAGAAUUAAAGAUACAGAUAUAAAAGCUAUAUGUCUAUACAUUCGUGAAUGCCCACAGAGAAUAACAAAGUUGGAUUUAUGCUACAACCAAAUAACUGAUGCGGGUUUCUUUAAACUGCUAAAAAAGCUGUUAGUAAAAAGCAGAUCUAGUAUUAACAACUUGAAUAUCAUGAAUAAUAAGUUAACAGAGCUUUCAAUGGAGUAUUUAGCAAGGUAUGCGUACUAUGUCAAUCUGAAAUACUUAAGAGUUAACGGCAAUCCUAUUGGAACAAAGGGAGGCGAGUAUUUUGCAGAUUUCCUCAGAAUAAACAAGACAUUGGAGUACGCAGACGUCGGCCAAUCAGGGCAGACCUUGGCCAGUGUUGCCGCAAUCGCCUCAGCAUUGCACAUUGAUCAUGGUGCGAAUACUACUUUAAAAGUAUUCGAUUUGAGCAGAGUCGAUCCUUUGUUCAAUCGAUACAACCUCGAAUCUAAAUGGCUUGCGUACCAUAUGGAAUUGCUUUUGGUAAACAAUUCUUCAAUAGUCGAGUUGCAUUUGCAGAAGAAUGAACUGAUAGGCCACGAUAUGGAGUUCCUGGUGAGAGGUUUGCGGCAGAAUUCCACCCUUCUGUACCUGGAUUUAGGGUACAAUCGAAUCGGAGAAUACGGGGCAGAGCAGCUAGGGUCGUACUUGGCUGAAAAACCGGAACUUUUACUGCUAAACCUAGCAGGAAACGGGAUAAAGGACACGGGUGCCAGGGCCUUAAGUUUCGGCUUACCAUUUUCAAAAGUACGAGCGCUAGACAUAUCGGCCAACAAAAUUACUGACACUGGACUAAUGGAUUUACUGUACACAAUCAAAAAGCCUUACUACAUGAGGUUUUUGAAUAUUUGGGGUAACAAAUUCGGUGCAGAAACCUGUGGUUUGAUCCAGAGAAUGCUGGACAGCUGCGCACUUUUCCAGCAUACCCUGGACGUUAAAAUAUAUGAGGUGGAUGGUAUUUUAUAUGCAGCGUAUUACCCCAACCCAGCUGACAGGAACAAACAUCUGUAUUACUGUGAACUCGAGUACGCCACGGCUCAGCCUAUUUACCACAUUAAAAGGAAUGUCAUUGCUGAGAAGAAAUCGUUUAAAGUGGACUGCAAGCACAGGAAGAAGCUGGAUAAGACCAGUCGGAAUGCUUUGACAGAUUAUUACACGUUUUGAUUUUAUAAGUUUCAUGUUUGCUAGUACUUAUAAAUUCUUUAUGGCAUGUUUUGGGAUAUAAUACUUAUUGUGGCUGUGA